UCGGGGUCCCGGAAGCGGGCGAGGGGCGGGGCCUCCGUCGCUGGCCAGCCUGCCUGCUCUCCUUCGGGUCCGUUGGGCUCCUGAGGCGAGAAGGGGCCACUUCCGCCGCCAUGGCUCUCCUGGGCCGCCUGGGCGCCCUCCUCCAGCGGGCCAUGGAGACGGAGGAGCCCCGCCUGGACCUGCCUUCCGCCUUCGCCGACCACUGGAAGGGCCUCACCCACUACUACCUGGAGGCCACAGAUGAAAACAAGCCUGCCAGACAGACAGAUAUUCCCUGGCACUUGAAGCAGAUGCUGGACAUCCUGGUGUACGAGGAGAAGCAGCAGCCCUCUGGGGAGACCGGGCCCUGCCUGGAGUACCUGCUUCAGCACAAAGUCUUGGAGACCCUUGCCACUCUGGGGAAAGCAGAGUAUCCUCCGGGGAUGAGAUCUCAGGUGCUCCUCUUCUUCAGCCGCCUGCUGGGACAAAUGCAAUGUCCUUUGCUGCAUUACCUGAAUGUGCACAGACCUGUCCAGAAGCUACUUCAGCUUGGGAGUGAUGCCCUGGCAUCUGAGCCAGAGAAGGAAGCCGUGCAGUUGGUUGCUGUGCUGUGUGUCAAGAUCCACCAAGAUCCAGCCCUGCUCCCCUGCAUUCUUGAGGACAGCAGUGUAGACCAGCCAUUCCAUCCUCACCGAUCAUCAGCUGAUCCAAAUUUGGCCACAGGUGGCCCUUUGCCCCCAUCCCCAAAGGAAGCUCCAGGCGGAGUGCCUCUAACGGAACCUUCCUCCUUUGCCCAGAACCUGGUGGCCUCUCUGAUCAGCUUGUGCAAGAGCCAGAAGAGGAAGGUUGCCCUGAAAGCUCAGGAGAAUCUGCUGCUGCUCUCCAGCGUCAAUCAUCCAACGCCUGCCCUGGCCUUGGCACGAGAUGGCAAGCUUGGCACCCUGGUGGCCAACCACCUCUGCACCCUGCAUGAUGCCAUCCCAGACAUCCUCAAUCCUGCCGAUAUUGCCACACUUCAGCCAGUCAGCUGGAGGCUUCAAAGUAGCUCUGCUGAGGAUAAGGGCUCCUUCCUAGGACAGCGCAACCUCGAAGCUUUCUUUGCCUGGUUAGACCUCUGUGACUGUCUGGUGAAAAAGUCACACCCGAUUGUCACGGAUGCCGUGAAAAAGGCUGUGGGUCAGAGGCUCUUCCAUGGACGCCUGGAGCCCCAGCUCCUGCAGAUGGCAGAACAUGGCAUCCUUCUCGCCACAGCUCUCCUGACCAUUUUGGCGAGACAGAUCCGCUCUCCUGCCCUCCUCCAGGAACUGACUGUGUUUGUGCUGGGAGCUGAGGAGGGGCAGGCGGGCCCUGGAGACCCAGAGCAGCAUCACCCUCUGCGUUCCCAACUGAUAGAACGCUGCAACCAUCUGUCCGAUGAGAUCAGCAUGGCCACUUUGAAGCUGUUUGAGGAGCUCCUUCGGCUUCCUGACCAGCAUGUGGUCCAGACCCUGGUGCUGGGCAACCUGGAGCAGCGCAGCUACAUCCUGCGGAGCCUGCCUGGACAGGAAGAGCCUGUUGCCCGAGAACAAGAGCCCUGCGAGGAUGGACUAGACCUGGAAGAAGACCCUUACUUCAUGGAUGGAUUCUCAGGCACCACCUUCCGCACCUCUGCAAAGCCAAAGCCAGCUGUUCUUUUUGCUCCGAAGCUGAGGAUGCAGCCUGAGGAGCGUACAGGUGUCAAGGAGGUGGUCAGCAGCUUCCUUUGCUUGGUUCCUAGUGAAGCAAAAACCUCUACAUACCUGGAAGAGGCAGGAUAUGACACCUAUGUUCAUGAUGCUAGUAUGCUGUUUAAGGAAUGCUCCGCUAAUGCUGCCCAUUGGAACUGGCCCCAGGUCCCUCGUCCCCUAGAAGGCUGCCCUGAAAUAUCCUGCUUUUACGAAGGCCAUUUCCUGAAGGUGCUCUUGGACCGCCUCACACGGAUCCUGGACCAGCCCUAUGCCAUGAAUCUGCAAGUGACCUCAGUGCUCUCCCGCCUGGCCCUUUUCCCUCACCCCCACCUCCAUGAGUACUUUCUGGACCCAUACCUUCCACUGGCUCCAGGCUGCAGGACUCUCUUCUCAGUACUGAUCAGGGUGAUUGGGGACCUGAUGCAGAGAACCCAGCGAAUACCCAAUUUCCCUGAGAGUUUGCUACAGGUCCGGAAGCAGCUGAUGGGGCUGGUAGCUGAAGAAUCUCUGAUUGCCCAUCGGACGCUGCUGGAAGGAGUGGUAGUGCUUGAGGAAUUCUGCAAGGAGCUGGCCGCCAUCGUUUUCGUCAAGUCGGCACCAGAGGGACCUCCCUGACUUUCAUCCCUUGGCUAAAACCAGAGUCUGCUGGGCAAAGCUUAGCCCAUCAGCCAUCCAGGAGGAUGGGGAGCCUGUGGAGCUCCAGCGUGCCGGCCACCAUGUCUUCCCUGCCUUUCUAGGGAAUGUAGCAGAUGGCGUUUCCCUUAGAACAUUUCUGGCAGCCCCACAGGCUCCCUUACACCUGGGAUUGUGGCAGUUGCUUCUGGGGCAAGUUUCUCUCCAUGUGGGAGACCGGAUGCAGUCCCUGCUGCCUUGCUUGGUUCCCUCUGGGUGAGCCCCGGCCCCCAUCCAAGGAGCCCAAGGCCUGCAUCCUUAGAGGAGGGACCACUUGACGUUUGCUGUCUGCUCCUUCUUGGGGCAAAUGGUGUGGCUCUGAACCAUCUCAGCCCAGCUCUCCUUUGCCCCAGAAAGUUAUGGAAGUCACUGGACUUGAACCACAGGCAGCCUGGAUUCUCCCUGGUCGCCUCAGCUGCUGCCCACCCUGGGCCUUCUUGCACACUUGGAUUUUCUUCCUGGCUUCAAUGGUAGAAAGAGGGGGACUGCAGGAGGAAUGGGAAGUGGAUUUCUUAAAUCUUGAAUGGUGUUUGCUUGUGGUGAAGCUGCCACUUCAUCUUAGUGAAAGAAAGAAACUUUGCAGCAGCCGUGGCUUUGGUUGUGGGACUUGCAGCUCCUCCCUGAAGCCCACCGCAUGCUCUCCGCUGCUUGGGAUGGCUGCUUGUGCCUCACUAGUGGGCUGAAGAAAAAAACCAAACUACUUGACCACUCCAUGGACGCAGCCAGCAGUUUCAGGGUUAUGGACUCCUGCUCCUUUUUGCACAGUUAGACCCACUACAGUACUUCCCAGCUAUAGUAGACCCGCUGGAUCAGAGGGAACCCGGUAAGCCAGGACGUAACUGCCAUUAACUUGGUGGGUUUGCUCUUCCUGGGAGCCUUGACCUUCCUUCUUGUCACUGCUACUCAGGAAGAAUGCUUUGUAUUUCCUGUUUUUAAAUCCUGCCUAUCCAGAAAA